CCGCUCCGCCCCGUUUUUAAAACCUGGCGCGGAGCGCGCGGGAAGGUGAGCGCCUGGCAGUGCCGGGCAGCCUCUGGAGCGCGCUGCAGCUUCUCCUGCGACAUGAGACCCGAGGCGGCGGCUGGAGCCCCGGAGGCGCGGGGACAAGGCUGUCACUGCCCCGAGGAUGGUUCCCCGAGGUCACCGCCACCGCGCGGGCCCGAGAGCCCCACACCGUGGAGACCAUGGACGGCGACGCCCGGGGAUGCCCAGCUGGCCGCAGCAACGGGGAGCCCGGGCAGGCUGGAACCUGGGGGAGACCGACGACACGCUUUAGGAUCCAAGGGGGCCUUCGGGUUCCAACAUCCGGUCAGGCUCUACCUGCCGGUUUCCAAGCGCCAGGAGUACCUGCAGAGCUCCGGGGAGAAGGUGCUGGCCAGCUUUCCUGUGCAGGCCACCAUUCACUUCUACAACGACGACUCGGACGGGUCUGAUUCUGAAGGUGACGACCAGGAGCAGGAGGAGGCCGAGGGGCCCAGGGAACGCGGCUCCCCCGGCAGAGCCCAGCUGAUACACGGAUCUGCGGGAGGCGGUGGCCCCUGUGGCAGGGGUCAGCUUCCAGCCGGAGACUCCCCCAGAGGCGGGCCCUGCUCUUCAGCCAAGUGA